AUGGGCAUAGAAAAGCUAGUCUUCAAGUCCAGAGCAGACAAGGCAUCUCGUCGCUUGAGAUGCGGGUCCCUUCCUCUCAAGAAAAGAAGAUUUCGGUUGAAUUUCAUUGAUGAUGCUCCUGAUUCUCAAAUUGUGGCCAUAGAUUCAUCAUAUGUGAAUGAUGAAAAUAGUGACAGGAACUCAAGUCUGUUCACCCCCAAAAGUUCACUCUCGUGCACAUUGCCACAAACUCCAAAGAGUGUUACUCAAGCAUCGGAGCCAUCUUCCCCCAACUCUGUGAGAGGGAGGUUUCCUGAGAAUUCCAUUAUGGGUACCACCAGUACAAACCUCCCUCGAUUGGUAACCCCCUUACCGAAUGGAUGCCAUUGGCGAACUGCAAGAAACAAGUCCUACUGUCGAAGGCGACCUUGUUACAAUAGUAGCAACUUUUGUAAGCUGCAUUAUCAGCAGUGUACAAAUGCUUUCAGGCACGAUCCUAGUAGUCCUACUGAUGGAAACAAAGCUGAAACUGUUCCGCAGCAUACAGUAGCUCUACUAAAGACAAGUCCGGAGUUGCCUAUGCUACCCAACAUUUUGCAUCAAGACAAACGUUUUACAGAGGCCCCAGGAGAAGUAAAUUGCACUGCUACUACUACAAGAGGUCGACGUUGUGCUUAUGUUGCAGUGAACGAAACAAAAUUCUGCUACCUGCAUUCUCACUAUGAUAAGAGUCGCCCAGCAUCAAGAAGAAACUCGUGCAACAUGUGUGUCGUCAGUUCAAAUCCUUCAUCGUCCUUGACCUCGCAAUCGAGUCUAAGCUCUCUGCCGACCGGUACCUGGCUGCAUAGAUCCGUGCUCAUAGCCACUGGUCCCUUGCAAGGCCGCACUGGUACAGUAGAAAAGUGGGGCAAUGGAUGGGUAUCCGUCGGAGUCCCUGGUGUUGGUUUGCACAACAGAAGAAGUUUUGAACUUCUUUUGACUGCUCCCAUUGACGGCAUAAGAACAAAUUUUAGGCCCAAUCUGAGACCAGCUCAAUCCAUUCCUUCCUCGCGAGUCACCCGAGUUUCAGAUUCUUCGUUUUCAAGCGAUGGGUCAUCCAGCCAGACUAGGUCCAUGAAUCGAUCCAUUAUGCAAGUUCCAGUGCCGACGCUCAUCGUGACUGGCAAGAGCGCGACUCAAAACAUUAUCAAUUCUCAAGCUGGUGCAUAG